AUGUCAAAACAUAAAUACAUUGACUUUUUCGCUCUCUCUUCCCCCAACCCCACCUCCUCCUCACACCGCCCCCGCCCCCCGCCUCCAGCCCCUGCCUCGCUAACUCUGGACCUAGACACGGCUAACCCUUGGCUCCUGGUUUCCGAGGACCACACCAGUGUGAGGCUGGGGGAUAAAGAGCAGGAGGUACCCGAUAUCCCGCAGAGGUUUGACCGCGGAGCGUUUGUGCUUGGCUCAGUGGGGUUCACGUCCGGCAGGCACUACUGGCAGGUGGAGGUGGCCAACAAGAGCUGGUGGGGAGUGGGGCUGGCCUCAGAGUCUGCGCCCAGGAAGGGCGAGAUUGACCCCACGCCCGAGAGCGGCUUCUGGACCGUCUGGCUGUUCCCCCGGCAGGGCUGGGUGGCCCGUACUGCCCCGUCGCUGACCCCCCUCGGCCUGGACGCCAGCCCCAGGAAGGUGGGAGUCCUCCUGGACUACGGGGCUGGGCAGGUCUCGUUCUACAAUGCGGACAACAUGUCCCAUGUCCACACCUACACCCACCCCUUCACCGGGAGGCUGUACCCCUUCUUCUGCCCCGGACCCAACAAGGACGGGUCCAACUCGGCCCCCCUGAGCAUCUGCGGUGCCAGAGGUCAAUAAAUCCCACCAUCCCAACUGUUUCCGGCUCUCCGGAUCCCACAGGUCCAUCCUUUCGGGGUUCCCGGGAGGGGAGGUUGGGGUGGGAGGUUGGGGGGGAGAAUGGGGGUGCGAAAGAGACACCUCCAGCGAUUGGGGGUGGGGGGGGUGGUGUUAAUGCUUAAAAGACCAACUCCAGGAUGGGGUUGUCUGGAGCCCUGUGGCGUUGUGGCUUUCCAUUGCAGAGAGCUGGGCAGGUUCACCAGCCCUCCUUGAGCGAGGACGUUUCUUCAUUUCACUGCCAAAUGGUUUACCCUGUACUCCGAGACCCCCUUGCUCUAGACCCCAGCCCCUGCCCCCUUCCCUCCAGUGAAGGUGACCAUCCAAGUCUCUUCCUGGCUCGUUGGAAUUAUAUAUGCAUUUUACAGAAAUCCUUUCUCAUCCAGGCCCGACCACUGUCAGGCGUGGAACUGGAUAGUGUUGAAAUGUCCCUAGUUGGACUCCAAUUGGAAAGUUGGUGAGGGGAGAGAGGAGU